AUGACUGCCAAUGCUGAGACUGUCGGAUCGCCAAUUUCCCUUGAGGAGUCCUUGCCAGCAGGGGUGGGAGGAGCAAUGGACGGUGUCAAGCCGCCCAUGAGCAAGGUCGAAGAAUUCAAGCAAGCUUUGGAGCCGUACCAGCAGAAAUACGGCCACUACUUGACGAAGCUCCGCCCGCCGCAGGAGUUCUUCCGAUUUUCGAAGCCGAACGGCGACAUUAAGAGUCGGCUUGAAGCCAACCUCAGCUACUUCCAGAUCAACUACGCCGCGGUUUUCCUGGGAGCCAUGCUGUUUGCUAUUGUCACAACCCCGUCUUGCCUGAUCGUCAUCUCCGUGCUGGCGCUCGUGUGGGUUGCAUUCCUGAAGAAGAACGAUGACCCACAGUGGAAGGUCAACCUCGGGGGCAUCGAGCUCGGGAAGACGCAGCGCUGGAUGGCCCUCAGCGCCGUCAGCGCGCUGGUGUUUCUGAGCUUCGUCGGCAAGGUGCUCUUCUCGGCCGCCUUCUUCGGCGGCUGCCUCGUGGUGGCGCACGGGGUCAUGCACCCCGUCCCCGACGAGCUCGUCAGCAACGAGCAGGCGCAGCCCGUGGGCCCCUGA